GGAAGGAGGCAGAGAAGAGAGAGUGUGUGGAGCUUUCUGCUGUCAGAGAUAGUACCAGUGCAAGAAGAGACUCCUGAGCAAACGGAAGGACUUUGUAGUUGGGAGAAGAGAAGAGGACAAACCAGCCAAACCGCACUUUAUAUCCAGAAAAUUACCAGAUGGCACCAGCACUAUGAUCUUUGACUUUCUUCAAGCAAUCUCUCCCUGAAGGCAGUAACUUCAGCUGGACCGGAUCACCACAUCGACCUACCAACCAACUUCUCCUCCUCCAAAAGCGACAACUACAACCGUCCGACUGUCAACGCAACAUCCGUAUCAAUAUUUAACAUCUUCGUGGUUGGAGUCGUUUCUUUGUGGUGUUAGCAUUAGCGGCUAAGGUAACAGCUUGGACAGUUAGGAAGGCCAGUGUGUGAGCGGGUGUAACUUUGUCUGGGCAGUCAUUGGGGAGGACCAGCCAGGAGUUGGAUUUCAAGCCCUUAUGCAUGUUUCAUCUACUCCUCUCUCAGAACAGAAGACCCCUUGUUAUCACAACCAGUGGUUUUCUACGAACAUUUUUAACAGUCUGUCCGCUGGCAACGCUAAUGGACAUAACUUCUACUAGGAGAAAUACUCAUCUAGGACUACCAGGUUUACUAUUUUUUGCUUGGACCUUUCUUUCAGUUGGAGCUAACCCAAUACCUGUGCUUCUUUUGAGUGUUUAUGAGCAACCCUGCCUCAAACUGCCUCAGUCCAGGUGUUGUUACAGAGGGCGGUUGGAGGUUGAACCCAGGGGUAACCAUGAAUGACACUCCGAAGCCUCCUCUGCUGCAGGUGAGCGUACCGUCUGAUGCCCCGGUCUAUUCUGACGGAGCUAGCACCGCUGUGUCCGAUGGCUGCGUCCGCUCCACUUCUUCCACGCCGACUCUUCGCCGUAAACGUUUCAAAAUGCGGCGGAUGCGGAACGUGCCCAGCGAAAGGGACGCAGAGAGGGCGCGCUUGGCCAAAAAUCACCUUACAGCCCGGUCCCAUUCGGGGUCCAAAGAGUACCUGCAGUUACCUUCCAUAGAGAUUACCCCGUCCAGUGAUGAGGAUGCUCCUUCGUCCUGGUCGAGCUGCUCCACACCCAGCGCCUCUCCAAGACGGAAGAGGUUCCUGUUGAGAAAGUGGCUGAAGGUCAGAGAGAGGAAGGAGCAAGGAAGUGAAAGCAGCAGUCAACAGAGCAGUCAGCAGAGCAGCCAACAGAGCAGCCAUGAGGAUGAGAGCAGCCGCUUCCUCACUCCACUGAUAAGGGAGGAAAGGUCGGACAGUGCAGUGGAGAAAUUGAGCACUGCCAGUAACUCCAACAAGAGCACCCCCGCCUGCUCGCCGGUCCUACGAAAGCGCUCGCACUCCCCGACCCCACAGAGCCCGGAGGGGGACAACAUGGUGGAGAAGGGUUCAGACCACUCCUCGGACAAGUCGCCCUCCACACCAGAGCAGGUGGUCCAGAGAACAUACUCGCUGCAGUCCUCGCGCAGUGGGGGCAAGAACUCCAAGAAGAGCCAAAGCUGGUAUAAUGUGCUGAGCCCAACAUACAAACAGCGCAAUGAAGAUUUUAGGAAACUCUUUAAGCAGCUCCCCGACACAGAGAGGCUCAUUGUUGACUACUCCUGUGCGCUGCAGCGGGACAUCUUACUACAGGGUCGACUCUACCUCUCAGAAAACUGGAUUUGCUUCUACAGUAACAUUUUUCGUUGGGAGACACUGUUAACAGUGCGACUAAAAGACAUCUGCUCAAUGACGAAGGAAAAAACUGCUCGCCUCAUUCCUAACGCCAUUCAGGUCUCCACAGACUCUGAAAAGCACUUUUUUACAUCAUUUGGAGCCAGGGAUCGGACGUACAUGAUGAUGUUUAGAUUGUGGCAGAAUGCUUUGUUAGAAAAGCCCCUGUGCCCAAAGGAACUGUGGCAUUUUGUCCACCAGUGCUAUGGCAAUGAGCUCGGUCUAACAAGUGACGAUGAGGAUUAUGUACCACCGGAUGAUGACUUCAACACAAUGGGGUUCAGUGAGGAGAUCCCAAAUGAGGAGAAUGAGAUAAACAAUGACAACUUGACCAAAAACAAUGUUGAAUCGAAGCCUGACGGGAGCCCUCCUCUUCUUCAUAAAAAGGUUGUGCCUAACAAUGCCAUUCCCAGUCCGGGCAACCACGACACUCCAAUCUCUUUUGAGCUCCCAACAGAGGAGUUUGCAGACUGUCUCACAGAUGGGGACCUUUUAGCUGUGCCUCUGGUAGUGGAGGAGAAUAACCAGCCCAGUGAGCCGGGUGCUCCUGUCCCAUCACCAUCUCUGGACUUCAACGACAAUGAGGACAUCCCCACUGAACUGAGUGACUCCUCCGAAACACAUGAUGAGGGUGAAGUACAAGCCUUCCAUGAAGACCUAAAUGGCCGACAGCACAUAAACGAGGUGUAUAAGUUCAGUGUGGACAAACUCUACGACCUCCUUUUCACAGAAUCACAGUUCAUGAGCGACUUCAUGGAGCAGCGGCGAUUCUCUGAAAUAGUAUUUCAUCCAUGGAGGAAGGAGGAGAAUGGAGACCAGACCCGUGAGAUCCUGUACACAAUAUCUUUGUCUAACCCACUGGCUCCAAAAACCGCUACUGUCACAGAAACCCAGACUCUAUACAAAGCUAGUGUGGAGAGCGAGUGCUACAUUAUUGAUGCUGAGGUCAUCACACACGAUGUGCCGUACCAUGAUUACUUCUACACUCUCAACCGCUACAUGCUAACCAGGGUUGCCAAGAACAAGUGUCGAUUACGAGUAUCAACAGAGCUGCGCUACAGGAAACAGCCGUGGGGACUUGUCAAAGGUUUCAUUGAGAAAAACUUCUGGAGUGGACUUGAAGAGAACUUCCGCCAGCUUGAGCUGGAGCUGUCAAAGCUGGAGGAGAUAAUGAGUGAGACACAUCAAAUGUCUCCUAAAGUCAAAGUGGUGAAGAACUCCACCAUUCGCCGUAAGAAAAGGGCCCUUCCUCACAUGCGCAGCCAACACCUGGAGGAAGCUCUGAGCCCCGUUACCACGCCGACGGACGAGGAAGUCAUUCAGAGGAUCAAACACGUAGCAGGAUCCACCCAGACCAGAUUCCAGGCUCCGGACCACCAACACCUGCCAGGGGGCUUUGCUCUGUACAGUGUCUCCAGACUACUGCUUAUCAUCAGCUUUGUUCUGGUGCUAUUGGUCUUCCUCAACAUGCUGCUCUUCUACAAGCUGUGGAUGCUGGAGUACUCAGCCCAGUCCUUAACAACAUGGCAGAGCUUGCGUCUUCACGAAAGUAAACUGCCGCAGACGCAGAUGGAGUGGGCACAGCUUUUAGAGGCACAACAGCGUUACCAUGACACCGAGCUGCAGAAGUGGAGGGAGAUCAUCAAGUCAUCUGUGGCAUUGUUAGACCAGAUGAAAGACUCUUUAUUGAAUCUUCAAAGAGGGAUUGGUUUGAGGGACUACAGCUCAGAGACUGAAGACAGAAGUCAAUAUCAAUGACAACACAAGGGCACAUGGGCAUGCUGUGCAAUAUUACACUAUGAAGUACCACUACCAUCCAAUGGGUGCUUAACAAAUGGGCUGGUCCAACAGAACAGGUGGGGAAACAGCGACCUCUGCCUGACAAGACAAGACGGACCCUUUAAAUGGAUCAAAAUAUUUACAGAAGGAACUACCUAAAACUGGAAAACUGAAAUCUUGUGACUUUCAAGUGCAUCCUACUGUAAGCCAUGUUAACGAGGGGAGAGGGGAGGCAGGAAUGAUGGGAAACUACUGCAUGCUUUUAGACCCCCUUGCUCCCCUCAGUUAGUGUACAUGUGGUCCAGGUCCUAUUUUGUGUCAAAAAAGAGAUGGGUCCUACAGGGGGUGUGUCUUCGUCCUCUUGACUGUUCCAACUGUUUUGCCCCCUGGAGGGCGCCAUUGCAUACACUUGAUCAGACCGCAGUAUUGACUCACAACCAAAUAAGGUGUUGUAGCUAUGCUGAUUGCUUCAGCUUUCUUGGUCUUUCAGGGCUGGUUCCUUGUAGACUAUAUUUAUUUUUUUAUUAUUUCCAGCAACCUGGCAUUACAAUCAUGACUUCAGUGGAAAGGAGCUGUGCUGUUCUUUUCCAUAUUAUGAUGUUUUUCUGUGUUUUGAGAAUGUACUGCUCUAAAAGUCAACACUGAUCAUCAGAUGUCUGAAAAAAGGGAUGCUGCAGCCUGUCUUUAGGGAGAUGUCUUGUAUUUAUCUUACUAAACUGUGAUUAUGCUCCUAAAGAUGAAGAAUUCUAUGAAUAUAUUUGAAAUAUAUGAGGAUAUUACAUUAUUUAUGAUAUACAGAUUUAAAAAUAUAUAUAAACAUAACAUAUAUUUAUUCCUAAUUUAUGUACAUAAAACAAUUAUUAGAGCUUUAGAGCUGAAUUUCUAAAAGUUUUCUUCAGAAACUGAAAUGCAUGCCAGAUAUGUCUGUGACAUAUCCAGUGUGCAGCAAACCGCAUUGCGCGCUUACAUUCGCGCUCCUCUGUUCGUACAGAGUGAAUGAUGUUCUGUGUGUGAGUGAGGGAGAGCAUGUGAGGGGUGUUUGUGAGUGUGAUAUCAUUCCUCUCUUGUUUUGAUUUUAUUAUAUUAUCUAUAUUAUUUCUGGCUCAAACGCCAGCGCUGCCUUUUUGAUGCUAAUGCAUUUGUAUGCCGCCUUGCAUUAGCCCUGCCAGGGUAACGGUUUACACUCAGACUUUUGUUUCACUGGAGAUUUGAACUUGUUCUAAACAUGCCUAGUUACAGAGUUAAUUGUACUGUUGAUAACAUGGAAAAUCAGUGGUUGUCAUCCUCAUGAUCUUUACAUAUUAAGGAAAUAUGUAGCAUCUGCCGCAACAUCAAUUUUGUUUCAGUUUUACCCAUCAGCAUGAGUUGAUCUCAAGGCUAUUGUUGGGAAUGCAUCAAAUUCUCCAAACCCAAAGUAUAUAUUAGUAAUUACCUUACAGCAGCAGGUUUAGGUGAGAUAAGCACUUCCUGUAUCUUCCUAGUAUAGAAUGCACUUUAGGACUUUUAUGAAGAAUGUCAAAGGUCAGUGGUUUCAGCUGGGACUGAGGCAGAUUGAAGGCUUGGGUUCUGAUUCAGGGCUAUUCUAAAUGGUCGAUUUCACUGUAUUUUCUUAUACUGUUUAUUCAGGCCCACAUAUUUUGAACUACUUGAGUGAAUAAAAGGGUGACUUAAGGGAAUGGUACAUCAUGCCUAUGGUAUGUUUCAGACUGAAUGACUGACUGCAGAUUUUAAUGCUGCUGUGUAUAGGUUCUAUAAGUCCAUAUUUACUGAAGAAACAGAGUGAUUGUGAGCAGUUAGAAAUUCUCUUCUAAUGUUGGCAACUUAUGUAGUUGUUUGAUGGUACAGAAAUAUUCAGUUGUUUAAUGAUUGGGCAUUAAUAUUUCUUUAAUACAAGUGUUUUAAUCCCAACUGUUUUUACAGGGUUGUUGUGUAAACUGCUGUAUAACGCACACUAUCUUCAGACUGGAUUUAUCAUUUAUUGUAAUUCCUAAUGAUACAACAUCUCCAAUCACAGCACUCAACUUACUGCAUACAGUGAUUUUGUCUUCUUUUACUUUCAGUUUUAGUGUGCCCUCAUGCUGUAAUCUUUGUUAAAUGAAUGAUUGUAUGAUUGCUGUUGGUGCACAGCAGUGGACUCCGGGCAAGUAAUGAACCAUUUUUGACAUGUUAUGAAUAAUGUGUUUUUGUCAUUGACUGUAUUAAUUGGCAUUAGCCUUGUUGUUAUAAAGGCAAUGGCCCUACCAAUGCAGAUCUAACCAGCAGACUGGGUUAACACACAAAACCUCACAAAACAACCACUGAUCAAACUUAUAGCAAAGGUUCUUUUCCACUGUGUCUUGAUAAAUGUGUACUUGUGUAAUUCUGUUCUACUGUAUGUUUUUUUAGGAAAUGUGUUGAUUUCUAGGGACACUUUUAGUGAGAUUUAUACAUGAGACAGUAUACAAUGAAUAUAUGUCACAUUAUCUGCAGUGGCAUCACACUGACAGCCUGCGCUGCGCGUAGGUUUGGGUUUGCUCUGCCUCAUAGAGACACUUCAACUGGCUUCCUGGUUCAUGUGAAGUAGAGGUUGAAAUAUGAAUAAAACAACAAAAGUAAAAGUUUGUGUAA